GCGGUACCGGGCGGGCGGGGCCGGGCCAGGCGGGCUGGAGCGAGCGGCGGCGGCGGGAGAGCGGCAGGGCACGGCGGCGGCAUGGCUUCGUCGCAAGGCAAGAACGAGCUGCGGUUCGCCGACUGGAUGGCAGCGCUGCCCGGCAGCAUCCACCGCACCCCGCUCACCAACCUGGCCAUCCCAGGGUCUCAUGACUCAUUUAGCUUCUACAUCGAUGAAGCCUCUCCAGUUGGGCCUGAACAGCCAGAGACGGUCCAGAAUUUUGUGUCUGUUUUUGGGACUGUGGCUAAGAAGCUGAUGAGGAAGUGGUUGGCUACACAGACCAUGAACUUCACCAGCCAGCUGGGGGCAGGUAUACGGUAUUUUGACCUUAGAAUUUCCACCAAGCCCAGAGACCCAGACAAUGAACUCUACUUUGCUCAUGGUUUAUUCAGUGCCAAAGUCAAGGAAGGUCUGGAAGAGAUCAAUGCGUUUCUCACUGACCACCCAAAAGAAGUGGUCUUCUUGGACUUCAAUCACUUCUAUGGAAUGCAGAAAUACCAUCAUGAAAAGCUUGUUCAAAUGCUCAAAGACACGUAUGGAAACAAAAUGUGUCCUGCUAUAUUUGCCCAUGAAGUCAGCCUCCAGUACCUGUGGGAAAAGGAACACCAGGUGCUGGUGUUCUACCACAGUCCAGUGGCUCUUGAGGUACCAUUUCUUUGGCCAGGCCAGAUGAUGCCAGCUCCCUGGGCAAACACAACAGAUCCAGAAAAACUCAUUCAGUUCCUCCAGGCAUCAAUCACUGAAAGAAGAAAGAAGGGCUCCUUUUUUAUAUCUCAAGUAGUGCUGACGCCAAAGGCUAGUACGGUGGUGAAAGGGGUUGCUAGUGGUCUCAGAGAAACAAUCACAGAAAGGGCACUUCCUGCAAUGAUGCAAUGGGUCCGAACUCAGAAACCAGGAGAAAGUGGUGUGAAUAUUAUCACUGCAGAUUUUGUAGAACUUGGUGACUUUAUCAGCACAGUCAUAAAGCUCAACUAUGCGCUGGAUGAAGGUGAAGAUGACACUACUUGAUAGUACUAUAAUGUGUGUUGUUGUGAUAUUUAGAAUAAAAAAAAAUAUAUUGCAUUUUAAAAGAAUUAUCUUGUAAAACACUGAUCUUCCUAUAACACGCUGAGGUGUUUAGGGCUUUAGUGGGUGGGUGUAGGGGAAAUGUUUUAAUCAAUUAUGAUCAUUUUUUAAAUUUGUGUUUCAUGUGAAGAGCAAAACUAAACAUGUUUACAGUGUUUGAUAAAAGAAGGCCAUUUACAUGUUUUCUGCGAGUUGCCAAAUGCAAUUCAUAUGUCUUCUGUGGUUAUGAACUUGCUAAGAAAUUCACUGCUUUCAGAGCAAUGGGAUGUAUAUUGUCCUCUGCCUGCCUACAGCAGGAUUCCCAAUGGUCUGAGCAUUACACUGGUAGACUGAGGACGAUAUAUCUGGCCCAAAACUUUUAAGCCACUAAACUUCAUCUGUUAGGUGGCUUAAGUGAUCGCAUUUAUCAGUGAGCUACAGGUUGAAAUGCUUUCGUGAAGUAAAUCCAGUCAUGCUUCUAACACACACAUAAUCAGUGGACAGUCAACAUGAUGUAUUACAUAGCUUGCACAGAGCAGACUGAAGCUUGUUUGCUUUUCAUUCUCAGAAUGGGGUUUUCCAGUGUCUUUGCCCCAGGUCAAGUCAGUGGAUAUGUGGUGCUGGCCUAAUUCUGUACUAGGAACUGCCAGUGCAUAUAUUUCCCUGGUUCUAGCAGGAACAAAGUUAGGCCAGCCUGGAGCAUGACUUCCCCCUGAAAUUAAUCUUCUGUAAGAGCCUGAUCCAACGUCCACUGAAUUUAAUAGGAAAAUUUCCUGUAUUUAGCAUGGCAUAGGAUCAGUAAAUUGUGUGUACUGUAAGGUGGGCAGGAUUUUGUCCCAUAGUGGAAGCCUGCCUUCUGCAAGACUAAAACUGCUCUUAAAAAAAAUAGAUGCAGUCUAAGCUUCUCUUUAAGGCAGCUAUGAACACAAUGUUUCUCUGCUGAUUGCAAGAAAAUCAGUGCCAGUUCCAUCAGUGAAAAAUUGCUGUACUAAAGAGUGUAGUAGAGCAAUUUCUAGCUAAUAACAAUACAGUUCUUAAAUUGUUUGUGGGAUAUAAUACUGCAGAACACAAGGCUGGAAAUCUACUGAAUGGCACUGUGCUAGCAGCAGAACCACUGAUCAUCCUACUUUUAAUGAAACAUAUGUAAAACUCAAAUACAUGGAAAACUUAGUGAUUUAUAAAAUGAUAACGUUGCCACUGUAUGACACCUAACUGGAUUCAAUGUAAUCAAUCAUAUCUACUGGGCACAUUAAUGCACUGGCACACAACUUUGGAAAGCAAAAUAUUUCAUUUGUGCAGAAUAAUAGAUGCUAUAAUGUCCUACAAUACUGCAGGCUCUAGGGGAUAAGACUAUGUUAAUUUUCCAUUGAUAUGACUAGAACCUUCGGUUGAGUGAGGAGAAUGGCAUCAUAUGGUCCUUUUCUAUUUUCUGUCAGAGGAUAAGGAAUAACAUCUACCAUCAGAGUUUAGAACAACAAAAAUUAUUUUAUCAAACAGGUAAGUUACAGGGGAUUGUAGGGUUUUCGUUGUUCUUAGUUUAAGAAGUGGAAUAAAAUGAACACUUUCUGCUAUUUUGUACUGAGAGGGUGCCUUGGAAAAAGUGUGUGUGUGUACUAUAAACACACAUUUAAGUGUAUAUGUAGUUUAAUUACACAUUUAAGUGUAUGUAUAUGAUACAAAGACAUCCAUGCACACUUGCAUAAUGAUAUUUGGGUUUCUGGACUGGUCUGUUAGAAAUUUGGUUGAAAAAAUCUGUGCAGGUGUUAUGAAGUUAUGAUGGGUCCUCCAGUAGCAGUUUUUGUCUGUAUAGGUUAGGACUGUAAGAUUCAUCCCCACUGAAAUCUGUGAUCGAAGCCAGUUAGGUAUUUUACAGCGCUAAAAGUUUACCCAAACUGUCCUCAAAAUUUACCAAGAGUCACAGCCACUCUUUGCCUUGAAAAAGUGGUAGGACUCUAGUGCUUUCACCCAUGACUAAGCCAGAUACUGGAUGGGUUGAUGCACUUUGUUUCCCAUUUGCACAGGCAACAAAAUUCAUGUAACAUUGACAUAAAAUGAAAUGUGAGCAUAUGGGAUGUUUUUAACCCACCCUGUGUGGGUGUCCCAUAAACAUUAAAAUGUUUGCUUAUUAAUUGGUGAUGUGGUGUGAAAUGUUAUUUUAUUUCUUCUGUUGAGCUGGAUUUGUUUGCUUCCCGAUUCUCUCUGUCAUCCUUCAGCUACUUAAAAUGGUCAAAAGAGUUAACCUAUGUUUUUAAUAUAGCAAACUAGUCCGAGUACUUGGGUAGGAAAAAAAAAUAUUUUUAAUUUUUUUUUUUUUUAAAUUCUGAUUGAGAUUCUGUUGAAUCUGAGAGCAUCAACAACACCAAGGUCCUCCUGGGACCACUUGCUCAAACACACAGCAGACACACCGAGCUUUUUACUUACACAGAGAUGUACUCAAAGCAAAUGUUCUCUUGUAUUUAAGAAAAGUGUAUCUGUGUGUGCCUGUACAUAUGAAUAAGUAUAAAGCUAUCUUGAGCUUGUUAGCAUUGUUACGAAAUGUUUGCUUAGUGUCAGUUUUAUUCUAAUUGUCAUUUGGGUGCUGGAAAAUAAAAUCAAAGCAAAAAACAAAAAAAUCCUCUGACAAGAAGGGUAAUAGACAAAUCAAAUAGUUUCUCCAUUAAUGGGGGAAAAAAAAAAAAAAAGAAAAAAACAACAACUCAGCAAGACGUUAAAUUUUGGUCAGAAAAAUUAUGUUUUUGUUUAGCUGUUGAUCUCCUUUCUGUUGAAGAAGCACAGCACUUUAUGUUAGGGACAGGUAAACAAACUUGCCUUAAUUACUAAAACAAAAAAAAAGAGUGUAUGGGGACAUACUAUCCAUGCUUUUCUGGCGAUUUCAUCUGGAGGCCCCAAGACUUUAAGUACUGAUAGGGGUGCACUCCCUGUUGAUAUUGUUUGGGGGAUCUCACCAGAAAAGAACAAGCCAGAAAGGACUAUGCAGCACAACUGGACCAUUUGAGAACCCAGUUUUGCCACCCAUAUGCAGCUAAAACUCUCUUUGAUUUCAACCAGAAAUAUGCCUGUGGGAUUGGGUCAGGUGAGUUGUUCUGACCUGAUUAGUUUGGGAUGUUUCUACACAUGUAUUAUAAAUAAUCUUGCAUGGGAGGUUAGAUGACUGUAGUCAGCCCAUCAGAGGAAAAAUACCUGUCUACACUGUUGAUCUUCAUAAGCAUUAUUUAUUCAAACUGUCAAGCCAAUUUUUUUUCUUCCUGUGCUCAUUUUCUACCUCGCUAUGUUCAUUGUAUACUCAUCAAGUAGUGUAGUUUUCUAAAGUUUUUCACUUGAUACUCCAUCCAUUCUUCUCACUCAUAUUCGAAAAAUUGUGACUGUGCUGUACAACACAUGCAGCAUCUCAGCUGGUGUAAACCUGCCUGGCUCCAUUUUUCAGUUUACACAAGCUGAGAUCAAUUUGUUCGGUACUGAGUCAAACUGCAGCGAUUUGGGCCAAAUAGCAGCUGGUCCCAUGGUCUGAUUCCUGUUUUGUGUGGAGAGGUGUAAGACAGAGUCAGAUCACAGGAGCCUAGUUUGAAAAUCAGUGGGUUGUUUGCAUUCCUUAGCUGUUGGUACAUUACUGGUUUUGUAGGUCCUGCUAUUUCAAGCCAUUCUUUUAAACAUACACGUGUGUGUGUAUAUAUAUAUAUGUACGUAUAUGCAUACAUGUGUGAGAGGGAAUGUAUGAUCCUGUAUGCCGGGCUAAGUCUUUCUGUCAUACUGAUACAAAUCUAGACCAUUUCUGCUAACUUCAAAGUAGUUACUAAGCCUUUACCUGGGGAUGUGAGGGAGCAGAUAGUCACUGUGUAGUACGUAUAUGCUGUGUUGAAAAGGAAAUUUAAAAUUGUGGAGCUAAGCUCCACAAUAUCAAAAAAAGUGGAAUGCCCUGAAAACACAGCUCUGUUUUUGCUGAAUAUAGUAUAUGGAGCACUAGGUAUUAGCAACUAAGUAGGGUAUAUGGUGAUUCCAAGAGGUCAGUUAACACCAUUUUAAUCUUCUAAACUCCUUUUCAGUGAAGUAAAAGCUAAUAGUGUAUAUGAUGUAUUUGCCAUAUCUCAGUGGUAGCUUAUGUGUUACAUACAAUGUUCUUCAGAUUUGUAUAUGUUUAAUCAAUAAUGGUGUUAAAAUAUGCUGUAUAGUAUGUGCAAUGUAUUGAUUACAAGUAUGUUGGAGUUCAGUGAUCUAUUUAGUUUUUACUGUGCUGCUGUUUUGUGGGUAUGUGUGUGUGUGUGAGUAUGGAUUGUCUACAAUGUACAAGGAAAUAAUAAUCCUAAAGGAAAAGGGCAGUUAUGUAACCUGCCUUAAUGCAUUCACAUAGUACUGUUUAAAUCCCGUAAUUAUCAGUUCUGAUUUCAAACGUUACUGAGGAUUGUCCAUAGGGCUGACUUCCUCCCUUUUCAGCACUAAGGAGUUAAACUUGAAGUUACUUAGAGCUCACAUAUUGGUAAAUAAAGAAUAGGGUGUUUGCCUGAUGGACUGCCUUGAUUGUACAAGGAUGCAAAGACAUGGUUUCCAGUGUGAUACAGAUCAAAUCACUUCUGUGUACACACAGCUUCUGCUGAUGCAAGCGGGAAUCGUGAUCAUGUAACUGAAUGGCCUAAAAUUAAUCUUCUGGGAUACAAUCAUGAUAGGAGUGUAGCAAUCCCCUGGCUUUGGGGAAGUGCCUGGAUGCUAUGCAAUAAUGCUCAUGUCCUAUGCUGGAACUUAUUAAUAGCUGUAAAUUUACAGGAAGAGCUUUGAAUUCUACUGCAGUCUAGGUUAGGCUGUAAAAAUCCUUAUGUAAAAAUGAGAAACGUUAGAGGCUGAGCAGCCUGGCCUGGCCUGCCCAUUGACAUCAUUCUGCUUUCAGGAGCUGUAGCAGCUUUAAUUAAAAAAGCUAUAAUAAUUUCCCCGUGGUUUGCAGGACCUAGUGCUUUAUUUAGGAAUCUCUACAUUGCCCACAGAUAUCACCCCUCUACCAUUCCUGCCCAGGGUCUAGCUCUCCUUCCAUGUUUUCUGUCUGAUUCGCCUCUGCCUGAUGCCAAAGAUAAUUCUGAAAGACAUACUGAACUCAGGAGGGUCUGCCUUGUGCCUGGCAGGUUUAACAGGAGUAGUCGGUGCUUGCCUGCCCAAGGGUAUGUUUGGUGUGGGGUCAGCUUCAGUCAGACCCAGCUGAACAGUGAUGGAGUAAAGGCAGAAGUCUGAUUUUUGACCCUUUUCUGCUAUCUUUGUCUAGUUAAAAUGCAGCAUCUUCCCACUCUUCUCUUUGGCAUCUACUCAUUGCUCUUUAUCGUAACUCCUGCAUACGCAUCCCUUUAACUGCCAGCUGUGAGCAGCACUGCUCAAAGUGAGUGUCAUUGGUUUGUCAUCCUCAGUACACCAUAGCAAUCCACAAGUUCUUACAAGAUGUUAAGUAUGGGCUGAAAGAUGGCAGUGUCCUACAUGUGAUGUCCUUGGAUGGUUUAUGUCCACACUCCAAGUUAGGUGCACAUGUCCUCUUAGGUGAGCUUCACCUUGGCCAAUGAGAAUUCAGUUAUAAACUUUCUCUCUCCAAAUUAAAAACAGGUUGGAUUAUAUGCCAAUGAGCAUCUCCUCAGAUGGAGGUACACUUAGGCUUUUUUUUCUGCAGGGAGAUGGCAUGUACUAGUCUCUUCCCUCAGCUCUGGGUCCUACAAAAGUCAGUUUGUUUGGGAGAGAUUCCUUGAGUAGCUGAAAUCAGUUUUACUGUGAAGCUGGGAUCCUUAAAGCAGAAUCCUGGGUUUAUGUGUAGUUAUUAUUGAAAAUAAAAAAGACAUGGUUUUAAAAAGAAAAAAAAAAAAGAAAUAUCUGGGCUUGCCAGGACAGUUGUCAAGUUUAUGACUGCCUCAGUAAUCAGUAACUUUAAGGUCAUGUAGGUGAUGAUUAGGAUAUUAUUGCCACACUGCCUCUUGAUGCUGUUCAGGAUCUCUGUACAGAAGCCUUAUUAUUCCCAAUGAGCAUUAAUGCAUUUGAAUGACUUUUCUCCAUUUUGGUGGUGAGGAUGAUUGGGUAAUAUUGAGACAUGUGUUGUGCCCACAAAGGUUCACAGAGCUGCACCUUCUCUUUUUAGGAUCUAUUCAAUGGUACUUUAAUAAAUGUUGUGUAAAAAAUGCCUACAGUUCUGUAUAGCAAAUGUGAAUUUUUAUGACAAGAAUGUGUAUUUAAUGUAAUAAAAGAGUUAUAUAAAAUCCAGUUCUUUGUAUCCAGUGAAACAUCUAAUAAAGCUCUGGUACCUGUA